AUGUACACGGAUAUUGAUAGUGAUGGAAAGCCAAAAGGUCCAUUAAUUGAUUUAUUUAAGGCAAUGGGAAGCAGAGCUAAUUUCACAUACAAUUAUCAAAUUGUGACAACAAGCUAUGAUGGAACUAAGUCUCUUCAACCAGAAAACAACACGAUUCUUACGCCUCAAAUUCACUUCCAAAUUGCACCUUUCAUCUUCUCAAAUUAUGCUCCAGAGACUUAUCACUUCACGACUUUAUUCCACGAACAGAAAAUCUCAUUUGCAUUGACUGAGUCACAGCCUUACUCGUCAUUUGAGAAAUUGUCACUUCCAUUUGAUACAUUGACUUGGACAUUCUUGAUUAUUGUAUUUGUGUGUGCAUUUUCAUGCAUUCUUGUUUUUGGCAUCAUCUCAUCGAAAGUCCAAGAAUUAAUCUUUGGCAAAGAUGUUGACACACCAUCUUUAAAUGUCGUAGCAAUAUUCUUCGGAAUCUCACAGACUAAGUUGCCAUUUCGGAACUUUCCAAGAAUAAUUCUCGUGACAUUCAUCAUGUUCUGUUUGGUGCUACGAACCGCUUAUCAAGGAGUUCUAUUUGAGAUGAUUGCUGGUGAUUUGAGGAAGCCACUGCCAAAGACAUUGGAUGAUUUGCAUGAUAUGGACUACAAGAUACUUCUAUGUGAUGCGAUUUCCUUCAUUGAAGACUUGUUUCCUGAGAAACUGACAACAAGUGUUCAUCAAAUUGACAUGCUUAAUUUCACAGCACUUCUUAUUGCAAGAAAGUCGAGGCUUCAAGAUAAAACUUCCUUUUGCUUCUAUGAUGACUAUUUAAAGACCUACGACCGACAUUUUCCAUGUUCUGGUGGAUUUUUAAAUGAACAACUUUACUCAUCAUUGGGUGGAAUCAUCCUUCCACAGUUCAACUUCCUAUAUGAACUAGUCGAUGAAACUUUACAACUCCUACUUGCUGCUGGCAUCUUUCAACACUCUUUUGAAAUGCUGCAGUUUGAAGUUCAUCUUAAGUUAUUCUCAAUUUCAAUGCCAUUAAAACUUGUUGAUGUGGAAAUUUUGACACUUGAUGGUCUAUCUUAUGGAUUUACUUUGUGGAUGUUUGCUUGUAUCAUUUCUGGUAUUGCAUUUAUGCUGGAACUGACCGGGUUUUAUCUGAAAUUACAUCCAAUUGAUCGUCUAAAAGAUUUAAUUGGUGUCUUUAUAAUUUCAAGAUUCUCGUUAAGGUAUAAUGUAUAUAGAGUUUAA